CCCCUCUGCGCACGGGGGGGCAGCCAGGCGGGCGGGUGCCCAGGCCGGGAAUAACCCCCCGCUGCGGCCGGGCCACCAGCAUCCGCCCCCACCGCUGCGCUCCCGCUGCCCGCCCCCCGCCAGGCGGCGCUGCGCGCUCCCCAAACGCGCCGGCCCGGCCCGGUCGCCGCUCUCGGCGCCUCCGCGCUCUGCUGGGCUGGGGCCGGCGGGUCGCUGCUGCUGCUGCAAAAUGGCGGCGCAAAGGAGGAGCCUGCGGCAGAGUGAGCAGCAGCCAAGCUGGACAGAUGACUUGCCCCUCUGUCAGCUGUCUGGGGUGGGCUCAGCUCCAAACCGUUCCUACAGUGCAGAUGGUAAGGGGACAGAAAACCACCCCUGGGAGGAUAACUGGCUGAAAUUCAGGAGUGAGAACAACUACUACCUCUAUGGGGUCUUCAAUGGCUACGAUGGCAACCGGGUCACCAACUUCGUGGGCCAGAGGCUCUCCGCGGAGCUGUUGCUGGGCCAGCUAAGUGCAGAUCACAGUGAUGCUGAUGUGCGCCGGGUCCUGCUGCAGGCUUUUGAUGUGGCAGAAAGAAGUUUUUUGGAGUCCAUUGAUGAUGCUUUGGCAGAGAAGGCCAGCCUUCAGUCCCAGCUGCCAGAGGGAGUACCCCACCACCAGCUGCCUUCUCAGUACCAGAAGAUCCUGGAGAGAUUGAAGGCCUUAGAGCGGGAGAUCUCUGGAGGAGCUAUGGCUGUUGUGGCUGUCAUACUCAACAACAAGCUCUACAUCGCCAAUGUAGUCACCAGGUCCUCACAUGCUGCUCCCACCACAGGUACAAACCGCGCACUGCUGUGCAAGUCUACGGUGGACGGGUUGCAGGUGACACAGCUGAACGUGGACCACACCGCAGAGAAUGAGGAUGAGCUCUUACGCUUCUCCCAGCUGGGUUUGGAUGCAGGGAAAAUAAAGCAAGUUGGAACUAUCUGUGGGCAAGAGAGCACUCGGCGCAUUGGGGAUUACAAGGUCAAAUAUGGCUACACUGAUAUUGAACUACUCAGUGCUGCUAAAUCUAAGCCCAUCAUAGCAGAGCCUGAAAUCCAUGGAGGGCAGCCAUUGGAUGGGGUGACUGGCUUCCUGGUACUCAUGUCAGAAGGGCUCUACAAAGCUCUGGAGGCGGCUCACGGGCCCGGACAGGCCAAUCAGGAGAUCGCAGCCAUGAUUGCUACAGAGUUUGCUAAGCAAACAUCACUGGAUGCAGUGGCGCAGGCUGUGGUGGACCGGGUUAAGCGGAUCCACUGUGACACUUUUGCCAGUGGUGGGGAACGAUCCAAGUUCUGCCCCUGGCAUGAGGACAUGACGCUGCUGGUGAGGAACUUUGGGUACCCACUGGGCGAGAUGAGCCAGCCCAUGCUGACCCCGACACAAGGAGGCCGUAUCUAUCCUGUCUCUGUGCCAUACUCCAGUGCCCAGAGCACAAGCAAGACCAGCGUAACGCUGUCCCUUGUCAUGCCUUCCCAAGGCCAGAUGGUCAACGGUGCCCACAGCAGCUCCACCCUGGAUGAAGCCACACCCACGCUCACUAAUCAGAGCCCAACAGUGACUCUCCAGUCCACAAACACCCAUACUCAGAGCAGCAGCUCGAGCUCAGAUGGGGGCCUCUUCCGCUCCCGCCCCUCCCACUCACUCCAGCCAGAUGAGGAUGGACGCGUUGAGCCCUACGUGGACUUUGCAGAGUUCUACCGGCUUUGGAACAUGGACCAUGGUGAACAGGGAAUAUUGACAGUGUCCUGAUGUAGGGAGAAGAGGUGUGCCUUGCAACCACCAGGAGCUCGCACUGAGGUGAGAAUGAAAUAACUCCAGGUGGUGGCCAAGUUCUGUCAUGAGUUGUAACCUGGAUCCAGGCUGUGAUGAACCCUGGACUUGGGUGCUGGUGCAACUGUCUCAACAACGUGUGUGUGUGUGUGUGGCCGUCGCAUUUCACCUUCUCUGGGAAACCCCAUAAAUAUGGGAAGGGGUCACGAACUUAUCCCUCACCACCAGUGUUAUGGACAAAGUCAGCAGGGAGGGCUCUGUUAUGGUGAGGGCAAGAGCAGAUGUCUGUACAGUGGCUGUACAUUGUGUGUAUAUAUACGCAGUCAUUGUACAUUGAAGUGCAGAAACUCUACGCUGUGAUACCUGUGUUUAACUCCAUAGAAGAUACCUCUGUUUUGCAGAAUAAAUAACUUAUAGCUACUGUCA